AACUCUCUAUCUCUGACCAUUCACAUUCACACUCUAUAGAAACUCUAUUAUAUAUAUACUCGCAACAAACCUAUGGUCGUGGUUGCAUAAGUCUGCAACUUCAUCGCCUCUCGCUUGGGGAUGAACGGGGCAGAUCGCCGGAUGGAAACCAGAGAUCAGAAUGAAUCUGGCUCAUCUCCUGAGAAGACUAUUGGGCCAAAGUCAUAUUCAUACGGUGAACUAGCAAGUGUAACUGGUCAUUUCUCGCUCAAUAACAUAAUUGGUCUAGGUGGUUUUGGUCAUGUUUUUAAGGCAUCCUUGGAUGGUGAGAUCCGUGCUAUUAAGAGACUUAAUUUUCCGGAUGUACAAUCCGAAGGAGGUUUGGAGAGGGAGAUUAUGGUCGUCAAAAGUGUCAGUCACAAAAACCUCGUUGAAUUGGUUGGUUACUGUAUUGAUGGAGCCAAUAGAUUGCUUAUUUUAAAGUAUUUUCCAAAUGGGUCCUUGAGAUCUAAAUUACAUGGAAGUGGGGAUGUUUUGGACUGGGAAAAAAGAAUGAAGAUGGCUACAGGUUCUGCAAAAGGAUUGGAAUAUUUACAUCAACACUGAGUGAACCUAAAAUUAUUCAUUUAAAUAUCAAACCAGAUAAUAUUCUUCUUGACGAAGAUUUUGAACCUAAGAUAACAGAUUUUGGACUUGCUCAUUUUUUUACGGAGACUACUACUCACAUAUCCAAAUCAUCAGUUAUGGGAACUCAAGUUUAUGAAGAUCCACUAACGACGAAAUUGGGAAAGUAUUCCGAUAAGUCUGAUAUUUAUUCUUUUGGUAUUACACUUUUAGAGCUUAUUACUGGAAGAAAACCUCUAGAUAAUGGCACCGAUAUUGUUACUUGGGCAAAUCUUCGCAUUAAAAAAGCUUUAAAUGGAAAAUAUGCAAAUUUUGUAGAUUCCAAAUUACGAUCUUUUGAUGACGAACAAAUGCAUAGAAUGGUUUCUUGUAUUAAUUCUUGCUUAAAUCAACCUCCAAACUCUCGUCCAACAAUGGAAAAGAUACGUCUAAUUCUUGAAGGAAAAUCACCUCUAGAGGAAUUAUAUGGUCACGAAGGAUUGCAGCUGAGUAUGAUAUAUAAAGAAAGUCAGAAUGUUUUGGACUGGAAAAAAAGAAUGAAGAUCGCUAUAGGUUCUGCAAGAGGAUUGGAAUAUUUACAUGAACAAUGUAAUCCUAAAAUCAUACAUUUAGAUAUCAAACCAAAUAAUAUUAUUCUUGAUCAUAACUUUGAACCUAAAAUUUCAGAUUUUGGACUCAGCACAUUUUUUACGGAUGAUGAUAGUGACAUAUCCGAAUCAUAUAUUCGAGGGACCCAAGUUUAUAUGGAUCCAGCCGCAUUUCAAUCGGAAAAAUAUUCAGAUAAAUCCGAUGUAUAUUCUUUUGGUAUUACGCUUUUAGAGCUAAUUACAGGAAGAAAGCCCAUUCAUAAAGGAGUUACUAUUGUUACUUGGGUUUUAGAUGGAAAAUAUAUGGAUUUUGUAGAUUCCAGACUACAAUCUUUCGACUAUGAAGAAAUGCAUCGAAUGAUUUUUUGUGCUAAUAGUUGCAUAAAUCAAUCUCCAAAAUCUCGUCCAUCGAUGAAAAAGAUAUUUCUAGCUUUUGAAGGACUUUUGCCUCUGGAGGUUUUAUGGGAUGAGAAGAACAACUACUUACUAGAGAGAGCUACAAAUGAAGGUGAUCCGUUGGAGUUCGAGCAGGAAAUAUUCCUCUGAAAAAUCUCAAGAAUUUAGCAGAAAUGUUUAAAAAAAGAAAUAUUUUUUUCCUUUUAAAUAGAAGUUGGAAACUUCAUUCAAAGGCCAAUUGAACAUCGAAAUAAAAGAUAGGCCUCAGUUGAGGUGGCAAAGGAAGACUUUGUGAAUUUUGCUUUGCUUGUAUGAACAUGUAUGUGGAUCAUUCUAUGUAUUGAUGCGUCUUUGGAGACUAUUGCAAUUUUUUUUAAUAAAAAAAAAGUUGGGGUC